CUAAGUGCGUUCCAUAACCAACAGACAUUCCCACAGGGCUGCUAACGGACCAGCCGCCGCUUCUACAUUAGAAGCUGCUCUGAGAUGGAGCAAUGGUUUGAGUGAACUGGUUUGACCUUAAUUAUAAUAGAUUUGUUUGUUUGUUUUAUUUAUUGUAACCUGGGCUCCGACUCGCUUACUUGUCUCAGCAAUUCACGGAUCUGGCAACCCACGCAUUGACAGAGCGAGGGGCGAUGCGGAUAGAGAGAGUCAUAUAGACAAACCGAACAACGCGAAUAAGAAGCAAAUACAAAAAAAAAAAGGAAAGCAAAGAUGGCCAGUCAAUCACAAGGCAUCCAGCAGCUUCUCCAGGCUGAGAAAAGAGCUGCCGAGAAGGUUGCAGAAGCGAGGAAACGGAAAACACGGCGUCUGAGGCAGGCGAAGGAGGAGGCGCAGGCUGAGAUUGAGCAGUACAGGAUUGGCAGGGAGAGAGAGUUCCAGCACAAACAACACGCGUCUCUGGGCUCCCAGGGGAACCUCUCCACAGAGGUGGAUCAGCAGACCAGGAAGAAAAUCCAGAGCAUGCAAGCAAACUACCAGAGCAACCGGGAGAGAGUGCUGAGAACACUGCUGAGCCUGGUGUGUGACAUCAAGCCUGAGAUCCACCAGAACUACCGCAUCACUUCCUAGAGAGAGGAGAGGGGAGAGGGGAGAGAGUGGAGGGGGGAGGAGGAGAUGGG